CUGUUGCAAGUGAACAACAGUAUCGCCCCCGGACGAAAUUACCACUGGAUUUUGGCACCUCAAGCGAGAGAGAGAACAGAAAAAAUGGGGGGAGGAAUGGAGGUUAACAAAAACCGUUGGAUCGAGGAGUGGUCAUCAGCCAGAGAGAAUCUGGAGUUAAACUUCCGGUGGACACGCCGCAACCUCGCCCUCGUCGGAAUCUUUGGCUUAGCCGUCCCCGUCCUCGUCUACAAAGGCAUCGUUAGAGAAUUCCACAUGCAAGAUGAGGAUGCGGGGAGGCCAUAUCGCAAAUUCUGGUUGUCCUAGUUAUCUCUCAUGAAUGUGAAUGGACUUGAAGACUGGUUUUGUCUUCUGGACCUAUUAGUGUCGUUUACUAGUUUAUCGACCUCCUUUGUGUUGUGAUUUCUGUUUUUUAAGUAACCUACUUUGCAGUGGCCAUUCGAAGUUGAAACCACUAAUAAAAUCGGUCUAUUCUAGCAACCUUUUGUAUCAAUUCGGACAAUAUAUUUUAUUUACAACUUUUUCUUAUUUGUAUUUUACUUUUUAUUUAUGAUAUAUUAAAAUAAUAACGAUC